GUAGAAGAAGAGUAGCUGUUUCCUCUUCCCGGGUUAGCUAGGUUAGCCGAAGAUAAAUAAACACGGUACAAUGACAUUGACAUACGUAAUUAGCAUUUCUGCUGUUUCCCGUCACUUUCUGAACAUCUCAAAUUAGCUCUUCAUCCCUUUGAACACAUCAUAAAACCUCCGUAAUCACAGGAAGCAAAGGAUGGCUCUUUCCUGUGUGCGACUGUGCACUCGACACAUGAGCAAAGGGCUUCAAGUCUGUGGGUAUGCGACACUCAGUAAAGCAUCCAGACCUCAGGAGAAAACCAGCAGCGGUCCAGUUUUUCAGUACGUCGGCGAGCACAAAAAGCCCAGCCACAAAGUGUUUGUGUGGGGCUUCAGUUUCACUGGUGCUCUGGGUAUCCCCAGCUUUGUGGUGCCAGACAGCGGCAGGAAGAAGCCCCGCAAAUAUCAGCUGACUCCUUACCGGCUGGAGACUGCAGAGCAGAUCUCCUCUGCUGCUUGUGGUUACGGCUUCAGUCUCAUUGCCUCUCCGACUAAAGAUGUGAUCAAACUGUGGGGCAUGGGCCUGAACAAGGACUCUCAGCUGGGCUUCCAACGCACACAACACAGCCGCCAUCAGAGCUAUGACUUCGUGUUGGAGCCAUCCCCGGUGGCUCUGCCUCUCACCCAGCCUCUGCAGACCAGAGUGGCUCAGGUUGCAUGUGGCCGCGCUCACUCUCUGAUCCUCACCGAUCAAGAGGGAGUUUUCAGUAUGGGCAACAAUGCGUACGGCCAGUGUGGAAGACGGAUAGUUGAAGACGAAGUUUACAGUGGCAGUCACAUCAUUCACAAGAUAGAAGGCUUCGGCAGCAGGGUCACACAGGUGGCAUGUGGACAGGAUCACAGCCUCUUCCUCACUGAGACAGGAAAAGUGUUUGCAUGUGGAUGGGGUGCAGAUGGACAGACAGGUCUGGGACACCACAACAUCAGCUCCAGUCCUGUGGAGGUGGGAGGGGAUCUGGCCGGGGUGGAGGUGCAGCAGAUCAGCACGUAUGGAGACUGCAGCCUGGCUGUGUCCAGAGAUGGACUGCUGUAUGGGUGGGGCAACUCUGAAUACCUGCAGCUGGCUUCGGUCACCGAGGCCACACAGAUCAACUCUCCUCGACAUCUUCCUCUGAGAGGCUGCGGGAAGGUGGUUCAGGCGGCGUGUGGAGGAACACAGGUGGCUGUUCUCAACGAUAAAGGAGAGGUGUUUGUGUGGGGUUAUGGCAUUCUUGGAAAAGGCCCAAACUUAUCCGAAUCCUCGACCCCGGAGAUGAUUCCCGCUACGCUGUUUGGGCGCUCAGAGUUCAACCCCUCAGUAACCGUCUCCAGGAUCAGGUGUGGCCUCAACCAUUUUGCUGCAGUGACAGAUCGAGGCGAGCUCUUCGUCUGGGGGAAGAAUGUGAGAGGUUGUUUGGGCAUUGGGAAGAGAGACGACCAGUACUUCCCGUGGCGGGUAACUGUGCCUGGUCAAGUGGUGGACGUAGCUUGUGGUGUUGACCACAUGGUGGCGCUGGUGAAGUCCCUCCUGUGAGCUGCUGCGCUCCUCAGCAGUGGAUGAAAGGCUGGAUGUUUGGCUGAGCCUCCCGCUGAUCCCCCGGGCGCCUCAGGGAGCCGAUCGGGGGCCACGCUGCAGUCUUGAAGCCAGCUGCUCUCCACAGGCGACGGACCCUCGUGUCCCUCCGCCCUGCAGUGACGUCAAGCUGAGUACAGGGCGGUCGAUCCAGCAGCAAACUGUCACUGACACAGCUCACUUUACCCUGCAUGAAGGUCAUACGGCAAAGACAUCAAAGAGUUUAUUGUUUUAUCACGACUCGAGCUGAAACGAUAAAUCGAUUGAGCAAAACUGUGAAAAAAUGUGAAUAUUUAUCUGGUUGCAGCUUCUCUGCUUUGAAGAUUUUCUGCCUUUUUCUGUUUUGUAUCAUUGUAAAAUAUCUUUUAGACGGUUGGACAAAACAAGACUUUUUUUUUUACUAUUUAAUCUGGUAACAGUAGUUGCAGCUGCAGCUCUAAUUACUUGGGCUUUAUUUCCAUUGUUUUGGCUAUCAGUUCUUGUAUUGUUAAUUACUUUAGUGAACCAUAAGUAUCAAAGUAAGACCCAAGUUGUAAUGAAUUGGACAAGUUUCCUACUAGAAAACACAAUCAGCUUUCAGGUGGUUCAUACUGUAAAAUGUUUUGUUUGCUCUCACAUGUUGUUCAUUUGCUGCUGCACAGCAAAGUGACUGUGAGAGAAAAGUGGUUCAGUGAAUGAAGUGAUUCACUGUGGAAUCAACACUCCUGUGGUUUUGGGAUCAUCUCAAAUGAUAUGUUGUGGCACUCUGCAGGCCGGUGAAGUGUUUGUAAAACACUGAACUGUUUGUAAAGCUGGUGACGGCAAAAUAAUCCACAAUAACAAAAACCCACGAUAUCUCUGUGCCAACUGCAAAUAGAGGUGAAGGCACUCUGCCAGGGAGAAUACAUGUUUUGGCGAAUCAAUUUUACAACAUGAACUCAUCAAUAGUGCGUGCAUGUUGUGCACAGCGUUUCAUGGAAUGUGCCGUGCUCCUGAUCUGGAUGUAUUAGAGAAUGAAGCCACUUUACCCACAGUGUUAGUUUGACAGUAUGGAGGGAAUGAAAGACUCUAUAUAAAAAAUAAAUUAUUUUUUUACCACA